AAGCGACUUUUCGCUACGAAUGUGAACGCUUCUUACCGUUGAGGUCGCGUGUGUUCGUUUUUGUUUGGACCAUGGAGUCAAAUUCGGAUGAUACGAUUUUGUAUGAGGUUAAACCCGGUGAUUCGCUAUCUGCAAUUGCUGCGCAGUUUGGUUAUGUUACACCGACGCAACUGGCCCGGAUCAAUCGACUCUCACUUAUUGGUUGUGGACUUCCACCCGUGUUCCCUGGGCAAAAGUUACUGGUCCCCACGUUGAAUAGAGGAUCUCUCGAUCCUCUGAAGAUACGUCGGGCUCCUGGAACAGCACUUCGAGUCCGGGCUUCAACCACUAUCCAAACUUUUCAGCACUCCUCUGAAUGCGAUUUUAACGUUAAUCCGAAUUUCUACUCCCAGACACUUCGAACGAACUCGGAUUCUUCUCGGAUAGAUGAGGAGUACGAGCGGCAGUUUGUCAAGGUCCCUGUGCAACGCCUUCUUUCAGAUGGCAUGCCCUAUGUUUUUGACGCUGCGCAGUUGGCGCUCGCACAGAGGCGUGCCUAUCUGGCCCAGCACCCAUCCUUAUCUUCUACUGAGAACAGUCCUCACCAUAAACUGGUUGACGGUAUCCUCCUAAUCACCCCAGAUGCCCUAUGUUUUGACGCUGCGCAGUUGGCGCUCGCACAGAGGCGUGCCUAUCUGGCCCAGCACCCAUCCUUAUCUUCUACUGAGAACAGUCCUCACCAUCGUGGUGCCACUGGCGAUUCCUCAACCGCCACGGCCACCACUACUCCUUCCAGGCCUUCCACUCCGGAAAUCACAACGAACAUUCCAAAGGAGUUGAUGGACUUGGGUCUGUGUAUACCACUUUCAGCGAUAUCCUCCAUGACGACCUUGAAGAAUUUUGUUCAACGUCGUUCGAGCACUCAAUAUGACCAAGCACCCUCCCAUAUUCAUCAGCACCAUUCGUCGGUCGAUGUGUCAGAGCAGAACAAGACUGAUUCCACUCAAGACGACAGACAUGUAGCAGGUGUUCCCCGUGACCUUGGAGGUCACUCAGAGAUAGACAGUGGUGUCGCGGGGGAUGCCUUCGAUGCGCCGUCGGAACUCCCACCACACCAAGUGAUGACUGAAUCGGCCGAGCACAGAACAACCAACGGAACCGAUCACCCUGUCGACGGCUCCCCGUUGGGUCGCAACUCUUCUGCUGCAGCCAAUGGUUCACACACAGAAGACAUAAAGGAUAAUGAUUUUAUUAUUCUUGAAGCGGAGAACUCCCUUUUCCUGCGACUAAUGCUAGUGCACGAAGCAGAACAAAGUCCUUUGGAACACACCUUCAAAAUUCCUACUGAUAGAAUCGCAGAAGUUUUCGCCUUCCUUCUUCGUGCGGGUGUGGGAGCAAAUCACAACAAGCGACUCACUUCCUCCUCCUCUAGCAGUCAUUUGGUUGACGAUGAACACAAUAAGUCACUUAGUCGUCGGAGUAUGGUCGAAGAAGCUUUGGAAUGUAUGGAAUCAGCGACCCCGCUGCCGAACAUGUACAAUGGUACCAGUGCCAUUCUUUCGAAUGAUAUGCUGGAAGACCUUGGCGCCAACUUUCCCACUCAUUGGAUCGGUUCAAACUUGCGACUCAUCUACAAAACCGAACAGGAUGGUUACAGCUUGCACACGCUUUACCGCAAAGCUCGCAACGUGACUGCUGGUGUGUUGCUGCUCAUCCGCGACACCAGCGGAAUGGUGUUCGGUGCACUCAUGUCGGAAACAAUGCACUGCAGCCAGCAUUUCUACGGUACAGGAGAAACCUGCCGUUACGACUGGACGAAAAAGAAUUAUUUCUUCAUGCGUGGAUCCCCGGCUUCGUUCCAAAUCGGAGGACAGAGGUAU